CGGGGCGCGCGCAGCAUGGCGGAAGCGGAAGGGAGUUCGCCGCUCUUGUUGCCGCCACCGCCGCCACCCCCGCCCGGGAUGGCGGAAGUGGAGGCGCCGACGGCGGCCGAGACGGACCAGAAGCAUUUUAGCGGCGCAGGCGGCGGCGCCAUGGACGUGGAGCGGAGCCGGUUCCCCUACUGCGUGGUGUGGACGCCCAUCCCAGUGCUCACGUGGUUUUUCCCUAUCAUCGGCCACAUGGGCAUCUGCACAUCCACAGGAGUCAUUCGGGACUUCGCUGGCCCCUACUUUGUGUCGGAAGACAACAUGGCCUUUGGGAAGCCUGCCAAGUACUGGAAGCUGGACCCAGCUCAGGUGUACGCCAGUGGGCCCAAUGCAUGGGACACAGCUGUGCAUGACGCCUCCGAGGAAUACAAGCACCGCAUGCACAGUCUCUGCUGUGACAACUGCCACUCGCAUGUGGCCUUGGCCCUGAACCUGAUGCGCUACAACAACAGCACCAACUGGAACAUGGUGACGCUCUGCUUCUUCUGCCUGCUCUAUGGGAAGUACGUCAGCGUCGGCGCCUUUGUGAAGACUUGGCUACCCUUCGUCCUCCUCCUGGGCAUCAUCCUAACUGUCAGCCUGGUCUUUAACCUCCGGUGAUGGCUGCCCGUGGCCCUGGGCCCACCAGACUUCUGAGGAGGCAGCUGCCAUCCCUUUUGGUUCCAGAUUCUUUCUCCUUGCCCCAAAAGGCAGGGAUGGGCCUGCUGGUUUGACCCAGGGGUCUGGGUGGCGGGACGGACUAAGGCAGAGGAUAAGCAUGGGGUGAGGGCGUUUACAUGUUGUGUCUCACUGGUUGCUCGGAAGCUCCCUAUCCCUGUCUCCCCGGGCUCGUGACCCCCACCCUUGAGGCAGCCUUUGUUCAUCCGUUGGAAAAGCCUUAGCUCCCCUCUGUAGAGCUGUGUCUGCCACUGCCUGCUGGGCUCGCUCUGCCUCAGCCCCAUGCCUGGUUGGGGAGGGAAGGAUGUUUGGACCCACCGGACAAGGCAGCACAGGGGCCAGAGCUGGAUUUGAAGCCCCUCCUCCUGCCAGGGCUCUGGUCCCACAGUGGGGGAGGGUACACCAAGAAGUCUCCAGGAGCUCAGCUGCCCUGGGGCCUUCAUCACUGGCCUCUAGAAUGGUCCAGUAGCACUGAUGGGCCCCCUUCAGAUGUUUGCCAGAAGUUGCACUAGGGGUAGUUUGUGCCCCACUCCUGGAGUCCUCCUGCCCAUGCUGCCCCCUCUUCCUACUCUCCCAGGGCCUCCAAGCACUUGGGCCCAUCUCCCCUUGCAGUUCAGGGCCUGGGCUCCCCAACCAGGCUGGAGAGAUGAGUGACAGUGAUGUAUCCAGAGUGACCCCCAGGUCAGAGUGAUGUAAACGAAACUUGGCCCUGGCCCCAGGUAUAGGCCUCGCACUGGUGAUGGCACCCCUUGGGUCUGAGACAUCAGGAGGCCAUCAGAGAGCCAUCGGGGAGCUGAAGUGAAGCCGUUUCCUCCCACCUACCAUGGCUCCCCCUUCUCUUCCAGUUGUGGAAAGGGCCUGUGCUGCCCCCCUCACCCCCACUCCAAGGAUUCCUUUGUGCGGGGCUCCCUGGGCAGGACAAUAAAGAGUUUUAACUCCA